CGUGUUGUUAUGUACGCUGGCUAACACUGCUAGCGUCGUUCAGAACUGUUCGCGGGUUUUAAACGUUACAUUUUAAACAAUACGUGUGUAUUAAGUAAAAUAACGUGUUUCUUUUAAAGGGAGAUGGGGGUUCCUGCAUUUUUCCGCUGGCUGAGUCGGAAAUAUCCGUCUAUUAUUGUGCACUGUUUGGAGGAGAAGUCUAAAGAAUGCAAUGGUGUUCGGAUACCCGUCGACACCACCAAACCCAACCCGAAUGAGGUGGAGUUUGACAACCUUUAUUUGGACAUGAACGGAAUCAUCCAUCCAUGCACACAUCCUGAAGACAAGCCUGCCCCCAAAAAUGAAGAUGAAAUGAUGGUUGCUAUUUUUGAGUACAUUGAUCGGCUCUACAACAUCAUUCGUCCAAGAAGAGUUCUGUACAUGGCGAUCGAUGGUGUCGCUCCUCGUGCCAAAAUGAACCAGCAGAGAUCCAGAAGAUUCCGAGCCUCUAAAGAAGGGGUGGAGCUCACUGAGGAGAAGAAGAAGAUGAGGGAGGAGGUUUUUCAAAGGGGUGGGUACCUGCCACCUGAAGAGAUAAAGGAACGGUUUGACAGUAACUGCAUCACUCCAGGCACAGAGUUUAUGGACAACCUGGCGAAAUGUUUGCGAUACUACAUCGUGGACAGACUGAGCAAUGAUCCCGGCUGGCGGAAUGUCACAGUUUUUCUGUCUGAUGCCAGCGUCCCUGGAGAAGGUGAACAUAAGAUCAUGGACUUCAUCAGAAGACAGAGAGCUCAACCAAACCAUGACCCCAAUACACAUCACUGUCUCUGUGGUGCUGAUGCUGAUCUGAUCAUGUUGGGUCUGGCCACACACGAGCCGAACUUCACCAUCAUCCGAGAAGAGUUCAAGCCCAACAAACCCAGACCGUGUGCUCUCUGUGGCCAAAUAGGUCAUGAAAUUAAAGACUGUCAGGGAGUGCCCAGAGAGAAGAAAGGAGAGCAUGAUGAAUUUGCAGACUCUGUGCCAAUGUCUGAGCAGGAGUUCAUAUUUAUUCGAUUGUCUGUCCUGCGAGAGUAUCUGGAGCGAGAGCUGACGAUGGCCAGCCUGCCGUUUCCCUUUGACUUUGAGAGGAGUGUGGAUGACUGGGUUUUUAUGUGCUUCUUCGUGGGAAAUGAUUUCCUGCCCCAUCUACCCUCUUUAGAGAUCCGAGAGGGAGCCAUCGACCGGCUAGUGGGCAUUUACAAAGACGUCGUUCACAAAACUGGGGGCUACCUGACUGAGAAUGGCUUCGUUAACCUGGAGCGAGUGGAGCUCAUCAUGCAGGCUGUGGGAGUGGCUGAGGAUAAUAUCUUCAAGAAACGCAAAGAGGACGAUGAAAAUUUUAAAAGGAGGAACAAGGAAAAGAAGAAACGGAUGAAAGCCGGACGGGGACCAGCUUUUAUGCCAGGAGGUCAGUUUGCUCCUCGAGCUCUGGGGGGGUAUGACCGACCGAUGCCUGUGCAGAACGCUCGCCAGACUGCCUACGAUAUGAGGAUGCAAGGAAACCGCUACCAGCAGAACCGGGAUGCGGCUGAUUCCUUAAAAGCCAUGCUGAAAAAUGGGGGCAAGGGUUCAGAAGGACAGAGCGAUAAUGUGGACAGCCGUGGUAUGAAGAGGAAAGCAGAGGAUAGCGACAGUGAGCCCGAGCCUGAGGAUGACGUCAGGUUGUGGGAAUCUGGCUGGAAGCAGCGCUACUAUAAAACCAAAUUCGACGUCGAUGAGACGGAUGAUGAAUUUCGCAAGCAAGUGGUGAAGUCCUACGUGGAGGGACUGUGCUGGGUUCUCAGGUACUACUACCAGGGCUGUGCAUCCUGGAAGUGGUACUUCCCAUUUCACUAUGCACCCUUUGCAUCUGACUUCAAAGACAUCAAGGAUAUGUUCCAAGAGUUUGAACAAGGGACCAAGCCGUUUAAGCCCCUUGAGCAGCUGAUGGGAGUGUUUCCUGCCGCCAGUGGGAACUUUCUGCCACUAACAUGGCGAGAACUGAUGAGUGACCCUAAUUCCUCCAUCAUCGACUUCUAUCCCGAAGACUUUGCCAUCGAUUUAAAUGGAAAGAAAUAUGCCUGGCAGGGUGUUGCGUUGUUGCCGUUUGUUGACGAACGCAGGCUGCGGGCGGCCUUGGCAAACGUUUACCCGGAUCUAACUUCUGAAGAAGUCAGACGGAACAGUCUCGGCAGUGACGUGGUCUUCGUGGGGAAGUCCCAUCCUCUCUGUGACUUUAUCCACGAACUCUAUCGGUCAGAAUCUCACGAGGGUGCUGAGAUUCCUCCAGAGCUUUGCUAUGGAAUCCAAGGUGCAUUAUCGCUUGUUGAAGUGCCUAUUCUACCUGAUCAACUUGUAGAAUCUCCGGUCCCAUUGUUGCGGGAUAUCCCAUGCAGCCUUGCGAUUGGAAUUAAAUUCCGAGAUCCACAGUACGAGGAGAAUCAUGUGUUUAAGGCAGUCGUUCUUCCAGGAGCCAAGACUCCCGCUAAGGUCUUGAAGCCGGGUGACUGGGAGAAAUCCAACAGACAGCCGUGGAGACCUCAGCUGGGUUUCAACCCCAACCGCCAGCAGGCCCACCUGGAUCAGUCUGCGUUCAGGACACUAGGGCAUCAUAUUAACCAUCAACAGGGAGGUGGGCAGCAUGGCCAUGGGCCACCUCAUAACAACCCACCCAUGGGUGGGCAGUACAGCAAUGCCCCACCUCCAAACGUCUAUCACCAAGGGAACUAUCGUCCGCCCCUUCGAGACCACCAGAGUGACUUCUCACAGUCCAGACAGCCUGGAUUCCAGAGAGGUGGAGCGCCGUAUGGUUAUCAGCAGCAGUACCCAAGGCCUCAGCAUGGUUGGGAUCGGGCCAUGCAGUCUCAAGUGUCUGCGUAUCAGCACAACAUGCAGAGAGGACGUGGAGGGGCAGGAGGCUAUAACCAGCACCCACAACGCCAAGACGACCGCCAACCACAGGAGGGUUAUAACUCCGGAAGGAAUUACGGCCUCCCUCCACCAGCGAGACGCUACAACUGGAAUUAAACUCCCAGGCAUUUCUAAAGGAGAGAGAUGUUUCUCCCUUGUGUUUUUUUUUCUUUCUAAAUCCUUUUGCUUCUUGGUGAGCUGUUCAUUUGUAAGAAGGAAAAAAAAAUUUCAUUUUACGAAUAACAGUUUUUAUGUACUGAUUUUUUUUUAAUGAGAUGCUGAAACUUGUAAAAUACAAGUGAGAGAAAAACGA